GAAACUGCGAAUCCGAUGUAUGCAGCAGACCUGUGGGCUUUUAAAAUCUCCGAAAAGCCGAACUGGGAUUAUCACAUGGAGAUACGGGCUUUCAGCCACCGCUUGCAUGAAAACUUCUCCUUGGACCUUCUCAAAACAGCCUUCGUUAAUUCUUGCUACAUUAACAGUGAGACAAUCAGACGCCAAAACCUUGAACUGGACAAAGAGGUGGUUGCCCUUAAUCUCCAGGAUAAUCGCAAGCUCUCAGAGCAGGGGCUGUCUUUUUCACGUUCAUACCUCGUGCGGUGUUUUGAAGAGGCUUAUCCGCAGUUGCCCCCUGCGGGGAUAUUGGCGCUUGUUGAUUUUCUCACCACCGAAGACGUUGCGUCUUACGUGGCCAAAAACUUGUCUGUACAGGACUUAACACUUUGUGCAGAGUUUCCUGUCCCAUCUGAUGUGCUGCAUCGGACUUUCUUUGCUGUAAUAGGAGCAUUGCUUGAAAGCAGCGGGCCCCAAAAAACAGGGAUAUUUGUCCAGGACUUCUUAAUUCCUCAGCUGAUUGGAAAAGACCUGUUUGAGAUCUGGAAAAGUAUAAAUCCCAUGGGCUUGCUGGUGGAGGAAUUGGCCAAGAAGAAUAUUUCUGCUCCGGAACCAAGACUUACCAGGAAGUCAGGAGCCAGCACAGUUCUGCCUGUCUAUUUUGUUGGGUUGUACUGUGAUAAGAAGAUGAUAGCUGAAGGUCCUGGUGAAACAUUGUUGGCUGCAGAAGAAGAAGCUGCCCGCGUAGCUCUGCGGAAAUUGUAUGGGUACACAGAGAACAGGCGACCUUGGGACUACUCUAAGCCAAGACGAGACUUGGGAGUAGAAAAGGCCAUUAGCAGCAACUAGGUGGCUGAAGCUACUUCAGCCUUCCCGUAAAAUCCAGGUUUUUCAUGCUGAAUACCAACACAUUUCAGAAAGCAAGUUUCAGCAAUUUAGCUUUUUGUUGCACAGUGUGUGCUUUGAAAACUCCAAACAUUGCACGUGGUUAAAAUUCUCAAAACAAAAUGAAAUCUGUUUUUUUUUUCUAUAAAAUGACUGCUAUUUAUACAGUGGCUUUGAGGAGAAAAAAUAUUUCCUGUCAGUAACAAAGCAAUGUUUUUGUCCUUGAAUUCACACUAACUGGCUAAGUUUGUCCUUAUCACCAAGGAGGUAACUCUUGUGAGAAUGCAUUCUAAUCUGUGACUGGCCAGUUUUACUUUUCAGCAAGCUGUCUCCAUAGUAAAGAGGAAUUUGGACCUAUUUUGAGGGUGUUUAUUAACAAAACCAAAAUUUAAAUUAAAAAUACAACUGUAACAUAAGAUUUAGAUCUGAAUUAAGUUGUCCUUGAACUCUGGUUAAAUGCACAUGAAAUACCGUCAAUCAGAUUAACAGGCUGUAAUGCUUCAUUUAUGUGAAUUGAUGCUGUUAAGGCCUUACGAAUUGGCUACUUGCUAAUUUGAAGAUUGACUGUUUAUUUACCAUUAAUCUUGGUUUUUGGCCAAAUAUAUUCUUAAUUAGGAAAGAAAUGAAUGACGGGGAGUUAGAAGGAAAGAGUUAAGGCGUACUAUUAAAGAGGAUACAUCAAAUGUUGUCUUUUGUUGGUCUUGUCAUUGUUAAUAAUAAGUUGACAGAAGAUCCCCCAUUUUAACAGCUUAUAUUUUCCUAAUUUUUAGUUGGUCCAUCCAGUAUACCCAACCUUCUCUUUUCAUUGUUUGGUCUGAACAGACGUAUACCUUCAUGUUACUGGUUAUAUGAAAGCUAUGUAUUUCCCUUUUUUUGAUACAUACCAAAACAAUGAUAAUUUAACUCUGGAUGUUGUUGACUAUAUGGAAUAAUUGUCCUGUUGAAGUUCAGAAUACAGUAGACAUAAGGGAAUUUAUCUUAAAGUUUACAUUUAAAAAUUCAAAAUCUUAAUAAAAGAUUGACAUCCUGAA